AAUGUCAUACAAGAGAUAGCUACCUAUAAAUUAGUAUAUAAACUUGUGACCAGGUUUGAUCCAUCAUAUUACAUAAGGAACUGCCUGUUCAGGAAUAUGACCUUUUUUCCCAUUCGUUUGAUGUAUUUGAGCUUUUGAUUAUUACAUUUGAAAAGGACUUUUCGUUUUGAAUUUUCCUUGGAAUUCGGAAUUUUUGUUAUUUUACAUCUUUCGAAUGAGAUCUUCCCAGCAUAUUAUCAUUGCUUUCCCUCCCCUUACUUAUAUUCCCCGUGGUGUGGAAUAUGGAAGAACCUGUUAGCCCUACAGUUUCGUCUGUAAAAAAAAGAAAGCUUAGUAAAUCUGACAUUGGAGAAUUCCCCAAACAGGUCUCAUCGUGGACUCAAAACCAUUUAGAUGUUCUUGGCAUAUUUUAUGACAGUAGACCUCUUGUUGAUUUAAAUAUUCUGAUAGACAAAGCAUCGUCUCCUGUUAUACCGAAAUUACCAACAUGUUUUCAGCCUGUUAUAGAUUGGUUGAAAUAUUACUUUGAUUAUAACGUUAGGGACUAUGAUGAUCACAGAAAUAUUGACGAACACAAGAAAGAUGUGGAGCAGAUGACAUCAUGCAGAACAAGACUAUUGAACGAAUCCUCUGGAUCCCACUUGCAAUAUAUGCUAAAAAAUAUACCAGAAAACGAGGAAGACUCUGUAAAGUUCAAAAGUUUGAUUGCCACAAUCUGGAGUUCUGCCAUUGAGUUUGUGGAAGAUCUGAUUGAAUAUAUGGUAAUAAAGACUCAAAAAGCAACUAUUCCAGAGAUGAGGUAUCGAGAUAUCCACCGAAGUUUUCUACAUGUUUGUGGACUUAAAGUUAGGAGUGGAGAGAGUAAAAAACAAGUCUUAGAAGUAAGAAAAUACUUUGUAUGUUCUGAACCUGAUUUGAGAUGCACAAUAUCAGCAAAAGACAAAGAUGAUCCUUUUGUUCCAAGUUUAUUGUUGAUUGGAAAGGUAAAAAAGAAAAAAGAAAGACAGAGAAUGAAGCAUGAAAAGUUUACAGCUUCAGAACUGAACAGAUUUGCCAGGAAUGUAUUGGGACAGCACGGAGGAGAAUUACUGCUGGAAAGAGAUUUUUCCCCUUUUAUGUCUUAUGAAGGAAGUACACUUGUUUUUGGAGCAAUGUGUAUUGGCACACAGAUAAUUUUUACUGCAUUAGAAAUGGAUGGAGAACAUUUUCUUGCAAUAACCACACCAGAAGAGGCAAGUGAUGAAGAAAAUGUUGGAAGUUCUACAAUUUUUUACACAAAGCCAUAUGACAUAUUGAAUUCAGAAGAUAGAUGUGAAAUGUAUGAAGGAUUAUUGAGAUUUGCAUGUUUCCAGAGGAAUUAUGUAUUUUAAUUUUUGCAUGCACCUGCGAAUGGAAAUCGAAAGUACAGUUGCAAUAGUUUUACAAAAGUGUCGUUACAUACUUCACAUUUACGGUAUAAAAUUGAACAAACACUUAACUUUCUGUUUUGAAUUACAGCAUUUAGCAGGAAUUAUUUGAGCAUUAUUUAUAUUUAACUGCUGUGUCUAUUAUUUAUCUUUUAAAUUACAUUUAACUUAAAUGACUGUCAUACAAGUGAGAGGUUUAGCUAGCUAUAAAACCAGAUUUAAUCCACCAUUUUCUACAUAAGGAAAUGGCUGUACCAAGUCAGGAAUAUGAAAGUUGUUUUCCAUUCGUUUGAUGUGUUUGAGCUUUUGAUUUUACCAUUUGAUAAGGGACUUUCUGUUUGAAUUUUCCUUGGAGUAUUUUUGUUAUUUUACUUUUUGCAAACCAUUCCUGACAUUGAAACGGACAAACAUUAGGUACUAGUAAUCUUUCCAUAGGCAGCUUGAAUGUGAAUGGCCUGACCCACAAAAUUUUGAAAAUAGUUUAUAUGCAUAAAUUUAAAAAUGCAUGAAAAAUGAAAAUAAAUAUUAUUAAUAUUAGUUCCUGGUAAUGAUUGAAAAUAAAUGCUUGUGUGGAAAUAAAUUCACCUAGCCACCCCCAACAUAUCAUAUGGUCGUCCCUAAACAGAGACCAAGAAAGAUCCCACACAAACACCAAAACCACAAAUGACAAAAUCAUCAAGAUUUGGGCCAGGCAAAUGAAAAUGUGGUUGGCCUAACCUGCUCCUGAUAUUCCAAACUCUCCCCCUUUCCAAUCCCAGCAGAAUAAAAAAGGUGCAUACAAUAAUGUACAAUGAAAAUUAGUACAUAAAAAAGCAAUCAACUAUACAUCCCCAGGACAAAAACAUAGGUAAACAAACAACAAUAAUAAGCAAUAUGGCAACAGAAAAUGCUUCAAAUCUCUGAGGGGUAUGUAGAUAGCCUGUUGCAAAGCAGGAUCAUCAGCAGAUUAUUAAUAAGUGAAUCGGCAUUAUAUUUAAUGGCUAAUCUGGAAACAUCAACACAUCGACACAUCGACAAAUCAACACAUUGACACAUACAAACUGUGUGUAGCUUAUAUGUUGUAUGCCUAUAGUUGUUAAGACUUUGGUAAAUAAAGAUUAUAUAAUUUG